CCCCCCGAAUUACCUCCUUUCCUGCUUUGUUAGAAACUUUUAAAGACGAAGCACUGAAAUUCAUGCUUACAGUCAGUUUCACAAAUGCAGCAUUAACAGGCAAGACGAAGGAUAAACCAUCAGUUUGCUUUCAUCACCCAACUUAACAGCAUGUUUCUGUUGAAUAUUUGCAUCUGUGCCGGCCUCGUGCUCUCCCUCCCUCAGCGCACGCGUCAAUCCUGCAUAGAAGGGACACCCAAACAGUGCAAAGAGGCAGAAUUUGCUCCAGGUACCGAUUUGGCCGGGGAAGGCUUCGACAUCAUCAAAAUGGUACGUAAGGGGGCCUUUGUGCUCGACAUGAAUCGGUGGAAACGUAAGGACAAAACAUGCAUCCUGUGUAUCAACCCCUAUAUGGAGAACAAGAGGCAAAAGCUGCCCUUGUCGGUGGUGGAUUGGAGGCCAAAACAGUCCUGCAGCCUGAAAGUGGCCAGUAAACUCCACCGAUCCAGUGAGUCUCUGGUCAGUUCCAGCAGCUCUUCUGUUGAAAACAACUGGAAGGUCAAUCUAGACAUUGAUGUGGGUAAAAAAAGCGGCUCAGCGAUGCUGGCUGGUACCAAUUCUAAACUGGCUGCUUAUUCCAUGGAAAAAACAAAGAAUGACAAGUUCAGCUUCACCAGCCAAAGCAUGUUCUGUGAGUACUACAGCUAUCGCGUGUCCAUCACUCCCAAACUGCAUAAAGAGUUUAAUAAAGCGGUACAACAGCUCCCCAAAACCUACAGCCCUGAAUACAAGCAAAGAUUUUACAAACUGAUCGACACCUUCGGCACCCAUUACAUCACAAAGGUGAAAUUGGGAGGAAGUGUUCAAUCUGUGACCAGCAUCAGGAAUUGCCAGGCCAGCCUGCAGGGCCUCAGCGCAGAGGAGGUGCAGAUGUGCCUGGAAGCUGAGGCGUCCGCAAGCGUCAAAGCUACGGUAAAAAUUGAAUCGAAACACUGCAAGCAGGACACUAGCAAGAUGGAAAGUAAGACAUCUUUCUCCAGCCUCUUCAAUGACAGGUUCACAGAAAUAAAGGGGGGCCAUACCACAGAGCCAGACCUUCUCUUCUCCGCUGACAAAGAUCCAUCGGCCUACAAGGAAUGGCUAAACACACUCCCACAGCAUCCAGACAUAGUCUCAUAUUCCCUGGAUGCGCUUCAUGAGUUACUGCCUAUAAACACACCUGUCCGGAAGAACCUGCGCUCAGCCAUUAGCCAUUACAUCCUGGAGAAAGGCCUGUGGAGGAACUGCACUGAUCGCUGUCAGGCCGGCAUCAAGAGCGACUCGAGGGAUCCCUGCGUCUGCCAAUGCCACAAUGACCCUGCUGUAAACCAAGAUUGCUGCCCGACCCGUAAGGGCAUGGCACGGGUCAUCAUUACCGUACAACGGGCCUCCGGUCUUUGGGGUGACCAGACCACAUCGACAGAUGGUUACGUGAAGGUGUCCUUCAACGGGCAGAUGGUCCAGCGGUCUCCUGUCAUUUACAACAACAACAACCCACACUGGGCAAUGGUCGUCGACCUGGGCUCUCAGGAUUUGUCCGCAGGAGCUAAAUUGAGAUUGGAGGUGUGGGAUGAGGACAACAGCUGGGAUGACGACCUGUUGGGGCAAUGUGAGCAAGUUCUGUUUGCUGGAGUCAAGGAGGAUCUCUGUGGUCUGCAGCAUGGCCGGCUGUACUACAAAUGGGAGGUGAAAUGUGCUCCGAGUCUGAGCGGAAAUUCAUGCACGGAGUAUAAACCUUCACCUAUGAGUCAGAGUCUGAAGAGGCUGUAUGUGUCCCGUCAUGCCCACCCUGUUCCAAAGGCCAUCCUGUUAGAGAUGGGUGUGUUUGUGGACGAAUCGAGUUCACAGGGAAACCAGAGUCUUACUGCAGAGAGUCAAAAGUUUAAAGGGAUAUAACACCCAUGUUUGGCUGUAGUGAGUCCUGGAUAGUAACGUGAGUCUUUUAAUUAGGUGUAUUGAUGACAAUAAUUCGAGCAAAAUACUUUAUCCAUAACUAAUACUGAGAAGCACCUGAGUUAGGGAAGAAUUCUUAUGUGUUGACAAAGUGGCUGCAACUCUAUUAUGGUCAAUGUUCCAAAAAUUUGGUGUGUUCAAUUUUUUUUUUUAGUUUAAUUUACAUUCACGUCUUUGAUAUACAGUUGCACUUUACAGUAUCUGUUUCCCGUCUGAUUUGUGUUUGACAGAAGAGUAUUGUUAAUGUAGGCUCUCAGAAAUCGGCAAGACCAAAAGAAAUUUACUGUUAUAAAUGUGUAAAAUAACAAAUAUCAAUAAAAGCAGUGACGGGACAAGACACUUUAGUUGUUUUUAUAUACUGUAUCUGCCUAUUUGUAUCAUGUAGUGCGCAUUUUGGCACAGGCACUGGCCUGGCCUUUCACAGGAGAGCAAAGCAUGUGCAGUAGAUCAUCUAAGAGUUCUUGCAGUUGUUGAAAUGUGAGUUUGAUGAAUACAGCUUUUACUUAUAAACAUAUUUAUGCCUUAGUUUUUACACACGGCUGUAUCUCUAGAUUCAAAAAAGAACAUGUUUGAAGGUUUUAUGUAAUGUGCAUUUGUAGCACAAUCGUUUAUAACAUGUGUUAGUGUGUUUUAUGCAUUUAAUCACGUCAUCAUUUUGUGUAUUUUUCACAUUUAU